GCAAAUUCAAUGGAGCUGUCAGAAGUGUCUGUGGUUUCUGUAUCCGAAGAAGAAGCAAAAUUUUAUAUUGAAACGGAUAAUGAUCGACUUGUUAUGGCGCUUAUGUGGCUAAUUUUGCCACCAAUGGCAGUGUACUUCAAAAGUCGAGGAUGUACAAAACAUGUUUGUCUAAACGUUCUUCUAUAUUUUUUCUUGAUCCUUCCGUCUUACAUACAUGCAACUUGGUAUUGUUUUGUACGAGGACGACAGUGUGAAGCUGAAGAUGGAUUUGUUCGAGCACGGUGAUAAUUUUAUUUGUACAUAUGUGGACGAUUUU